AUGCUGCAGCCGCACCGGGGGGCAGCUGAGUCCCCCCGGGAUGAUUGUCUGUCGGCCGUUCUGCAGCUUCUGCAGCACGGUGGCCUCCUGCAGUACCGGAGCCUCCUCCACCUUCACUUCGCCACUAUUGCCACCCGGUGGCUUGGCUUGCGCUUGUGGGGUGAUCGGGGUGGCAGCAUUGAGUUUCUCCUGAUAAUAAGCACUGGCAUUGGUUCCUGUCUAUCGCGCAAGCGGCGGAUCCAAGCAACUAAAGAAGGUAAGUCAGCACCAAUAUAG